AUGGCUACCCCUAGCGUCCUCGCUUUUGACGCUCAGGGUCAAGCCAUUGACUUUGAGGUCUGGGUAGAUGACCUGCAGCUGUUCUUACAGUGCGAUAGUGCGGACGGCCUUUCUCUCUUUGACCUCACCUCCGGCGCCUCUCCUGCCCCUGCUGCUGAUGCUGACCCCACUUACAAGAGUGCUCAGACCUUGUACGACACUGUAGUUGCGCGCUACUCUUCCGCUGCCACUGCUGCACUGAGCCGCCUCAUGCUACUGUACCUCUUCCCUGACCUUGCUGCCUUUCCUACACUCGCUGACCUCAUUACGCACCUCCGCACUAGUGACACUCGCUACCGCGCCGCGCUUCCUGCUGAGUUCUGCGCCAAGAACCCCCCCCCCAUGUACAUCACUCUCUAUUACAUAGUCACACGCCUCCCUGACUCCCUUCGCGUAGUCAGGGACCACUUCCUCUCAGUCUGUCCCACCACUCUCACUGUUGUCCUCCUCGAGAAGGCCCUCCUGGCGGCGGAGAAGAGCAUCGUCAUUGUAGGAGCCUCUCGUGGUGACCCUCGCACCCCCAUCUUUGAGGGGUGUUCUCCUUCCCCCCUGCUGCCAUCUGUUGCCUCUGCUGCUGCUGCCGACCUUCUUGGUCUUGAGUCGGUCGGCGCGGCGUCUGCCCCUAGCGGGAGACGCCGCUCUGGCAAGGGCAAGGGGGGCAAGGGUGCGAGUGGAGCUGGCGAGGGCGGUGGAGGUGGCAGUGGAGGCAGCGGAGGGAGUGGGGGUGGCGGUGGGAGUGGUGGCGGGGGUGGUGGUGGUGUUGGCGGCGGCGGAGGCAGAGGCGGUGGCGGCGGAGGCGAUGGGAGCGGAGGCGGCAAUGGUGGCGGAGGUGGAGGCGGCGGUGGCGGAGGGGGUGGAGCUGGUCGGGGUGGUGCCCCGCAGCGGAGCGGCUCUGGUGGUGGUCAGCGCCAGCAGCAGCAGCGUUCUCGGGACAUCCCCCGGCCUCAUCAGCUCCGUGAGUGGUACACGCAGCGUCAGCGUGGUGGGGGUUAUGGUCCGUGCGCCUACGUCCUUCGUUCCGACGACCGCGCGGGUGAGCAGUGUGGGGGUGCCCACCCCACCUAG